GCCACAUACGCUCACAAAUGCUCGUAGACUAACUCCUUACUGGUAGUGUAUUAGUAGCCGGUGCGUCUUUAGGGGCCUGGGGUGCUGUGUGGCCCUAGGUGUGCGUGUGAGGGCUUUGGUAUCAUUUGGUAAGAGGAAAUUUAGAGUUGUGCAAUGGCUCAGGGACAGUUUUGAAAGCCAUUGAGAAAGCAUUAGCGCAAAGAGCUAGAGGGUGUGAAGCCGAGAAGACUCCAUGUUGUCUUCGUACAGAAUGGAGGGGUACAUCAUCCCACCUAAAAAAACCUGGACUGGCUGGAUGUCACAGACAACAACUGAAUUUAAAGAUUACUGGGCUCUUGUAAAUAAAGAUCCAACAGAAGACAUGAUCUACGAACCGGACAUUUACCGACCGCCGAUGGAAUACCAGUACAUCAUCGAUGGAGAGGGUCAGAGUGAUCACACGUGGGAUUAUAACACACAUCAUGUCCACCCAGGAGACUUCGAGAAUCUGGCAGAGAGCCACUUCACGGAGCUACAGAGUGUAACGCAGGUUCAUCCUCCCAGCAUGCAUCGGUUCGCUGACAUAGACUCUGGCCACUUUCUUGAUCCCAGUCUGUCUGGGCACCACUUGCCACUGGCCACUUCACAGGUGGCCUACUUGCCCAGGUCGGCUGUAUGUUACCCCCACAGCCUGCAGCAAUCGCCUCUACUGCGCAGUUCGGACGACGAUGAUCCGAGCAGCCGCAGUCCUCCGCUAGAGGUGUCAGAUGAGGAAUGUAUGAGGGACCAUAUCAGCUCCACUACUGGAGGUGACCACGGAAACAAGAAGAAGAUUCGCCUGUAUCAGUUCCUGCUGGACCUUCUGCGAAACGGUGACAUGAAGGACAGCAUCUGGUGGGUGGACAGAGAAAACGGAACUUUCCAGUUCUCCUCCAAACACAAAGAGGCUCUGGCCCACCGCUGGGGUGUUCAGAAGGGCAACCGUAAAAAGAUGACCUACCAGAAAAUGGCCCGAGCGCUGAGAAACUACGGCAAGACUGGAGAGGUCAAGAAGAUAAAGAAGAAGCUCACGUACCAGUUCAGCCAUGAGGUGCUCGGGAAGAGUCACCAGGAGAGAAAGACGUACAUGUAAAGAGACAGAGAGUAAAGACUUGAAAGGAUGUUUCUGUUUUUUAGCUCUUUUGGACUUUGAGCAUUAGACUUUUUGGUUUAUUCCCCCUUUACAUUCAUUUUUUUCAUUUUUUUUAUAUUAUUCACCUUUGCAUUAAUUAAAUUAACUUUCUCUAUAAGCUUUUAA